ACAAGGACCAGAGAGGAGGAGAGCCACCGAGCCACCGAACCAUCGAGAGAGCCAUUUGAAAUGGGAAUUGUAGAAGAAGCUCACAACUUGCGGGUCCUGGGCUCAGGCCAGCAGGUCAUAGUCCUAGCCCACGGCUUCGGCACCGACCAGUCGGUCUGGAAGCACCUCGUCCCCCACCUCGUCGACGACUACAGAGUCGUCAUGUACGACAACAUGGGCGCCGGAACGACAAACCCCGAAUAUUUCGACUUCGAGCGCUACGCCACCCUCGAGGGCUACGCCUACGACCUCCUCGCCAUUCUGGAGGAGCUUCGGAUCGGGUCUUGCAUCUUCGUUGGCCACUCCGUCUCCGGCAUGGUCGGCGCCAUCGCCGCUAUCACCCGCCCCGACCUCUUCACCAAGCUCGUCAUGAUCGGCGCCUCUCCUAGGUAUCUCAACGACGUCGACUACUACGGCGGGUUCGAGCAGGAAGAUCUGGAGCAGCUGUUCGAUGCCAUCCGAUCCAACUACAAGGCUUGGUGCUCUGGUUUCGCACCCAUGGCGGUCGGCGGGGACUUGGACUCGGUGGCGGUCCAGGAGUUCAGCCGGACCCUCUUCAACAUGCGCCCCGACAUUGCCCUCAGCGUCGCCCAAACCAUCUUCCAGAGCGACACGAGACAAAUUCUCCAUCUGAUCACAGUGCCCUGCCACAUUUUGCAGAGCGUAAAAGACCUCGCUGUCCCUGUCGUCGUCACAGAGUAUCUGCACCAGAAUCUGGGCGGCGAGUCGAUCGUGGAGGUCAUGUCAUCGGACGGUCAUCUUCCGCAGCUGAGCUCGCCGGAUAUUGUUAUCCCGGUGAUUCUCCGGCACAUUAGAUAUGAUAUUGCGGCGUAAUUGUUGUCAAAAAAUAAUUAUGGAGGUGGUGCGGCUAUGGCUAGAUUGGGAGUGAUUAGUUAGCUUUGGGACGAUUGGUUAUUUGUUGUGUGGUCACUGUGAGGGCGUCGGCUUUGUUUGCUGUCGUGUUCAAAAGUCGUGGACCACGUCAUGUGAAGGAAUGGGUGUUAUUGUGACACGUCGCGCUUUUUUAGUAUGAAAGAUUGGAUUCAAGUUGUUUAUAUAAAUUAUAAUCAAGCUUUUAUUAUUAAGACAUGCUGCAAGACAUGGAAAA